CCGUUUUAUAACUUCGUUCGAUCUCGCUCUCUCUCUCUUUCUCUCUCUCUCUCUCUCUCUCUCACGUCAGAAGAAGGGAAGAAAGAAGAACGGAUCUUUGUUUUCUCUGUCUUCUCCUACUUCUGAUUAGAGUCGAUUGAAUUUCUUCUUACUCGAAAUAAAGUAAUCGAAUUUGAGCGUGUUCGAUUUCCUGAGAACAAUUCGAUUUUCGUUUUUUGGUCCGACUGUUAGAAAAGGAAAGUGAUGGCGGCCGUUAAUGGGUACCAGGGAAAUACUCCGGCAGAUCCUCCGGCGACUGAUGGACCGAAGCAACCUGCUCCUCCGAAUAAGACUGUUGACAGCCAAUCCGUUCUCAAAAGGUUGCAAUCUGAGUUAAUGGGCUUGAUGAUGGGCGGUGACCCGGGGAUAUCGGCUUUCCCAGAGGAAGACAACAUAUUCUGCUGGAAAGGGACAAUAACAGGGAGCAAAGAGACAGUGUUCGAAGGAACUGAGUACAGGCUCUCGCUCUCCUUCUCCAAUGACUAUCCUUUCAAACCUCCAAAGAUCAAGUUCGAGACAUGUUGCUUCCAUCCCAAUGUUGAUGUCUAUGGCAAUAUCUGUUUGGACAUUCUUCAGGACAAAUGGUCAUCUGCUUACGAUGUGAGGACAAUACUACUGUCUAUUCAGAGCCUUCUGGGAGAACCGAACAUCAGCUCACCAUUGAACACUCAAGCAGCUCAGCUCUGGAGCAACCAAGAAGAGUAUAGGAAGAUGGUUUUGAAGCUCUACAAGUCUCCCAGUGCAUGAUUUCUUCAAGCUGUCUCCACUCCAAUUGAUACCCUCACAGAAAAUGAAUUCCUAGAAGAAACACAUUGAUUGUGUCACUCAUUUGCUUUAUUCUUUGUUUUUUGAGCAUCAGAAAACAUCAAAAGUUCUCUCUGUAUUACCUUGAGUUUUGACAUGAGCCAAAUAAUGACAUCAUAUGAAGAGCGAGUUUUUUCAGAGAUUAAUCAGAGUUUAUACAAGUAAUCUUGAGAUGAGUUGGGUUUCCUUGCGUUUGAUCAUCUUCACUACUAACUCUUUCUUACCCUCAAACUGAUCCACCCACUUAUUUAACUUCUUCACCUCCUUUUCAUCUUUGGG